AUGAACAAAGAAAAGAUUAAUUGCAUGGAUAAUAAUAAUGCCAAUAAUAACUGGAGAUAUAAGUCUGCUCCUAAAAGUCAAACAUAUGGAUAUAGUUUUAUAGACUUCACUGAGAUACUUCAUAAUCCCCAACAAGACAGACUGUACAGAUUACAAGAUUUUGUUAGUAAAGGUGCUAGCGGUAACUACAUCCAACAAGCUACGGGUCUUCCAACUUGA